GUUUAGGAAGCGCGAGCUGUCAUACGUGGGGGCGCGAGGCACGGGCCGCGGAGCAUCACCGACCGCCAUGUGUGUGAGUGUGUUUUGAUCCUCGAGACGCGCUGAGAAAAAACAAAUCUCUAUAAAUAAAUGAAUAAAUAAGUGAAAAGGUGCGCGAGGCAUUCCGAUGGUGCAGCGGCUUCAAGGUGCAUCUAGAGAUUGAAGAUAAUCUGCAGUUUUUUACUCCAGGAUAAAUAUUUUGGUGGCAACAAGUGGGAUUUUUUUGUUGUUAUUGCUGUUGUUGUUGUUGUUGUUGUUGUUGAAACAAAAAUAAAUAAAUGGAGGAGCGGAAGGAUCCGUCCGAGCGCGAGAGCGCGUCCCCUCCGGUUCUAGCGCGCGAGGCGGCGCCGCAGGUCCACCGCACCACGAACUUCUUCAUCGACAACAUCCUGCGGCCCGACUUCGGCUGCAAGCGCGAGCUCCUCUCGAGCAGGGAAAACGUCAGCCCGCUGGUCGCGAGGCCGUCAUCGCGCGCGGACUCCACCGCCGACCACCGCACUUCAUCGUCUUCUUCUUCUUCUUCAUCUUCAUCUUCUUCUUCCUCUUCUUCUUCCUCGUCUCCGUCGUCUUCGUCGUCUUCCUCGUCGUCGUCCAAGGUGCUGGUGGAGGGAAGCACGAGGUGCGGAGACGGCUCGAAUCUCACGGCGGUGAACGGCGCGAGCGGCGGCGGCGGAGGUGGUGGAGGAGGUGGAGGAGGUGGAGGCGCAGCAGCAGCAGCAGCAGGAACAACAACAACAACAACCACAAGCACGGCGGCGGCCAAAGACAGCACACAACCUCUGCUGUGGCCCGCGUGGGUCUACUGCACGCGCUACUCGGACAGACCCUCAUCCGGACCGAGGACCCGGAAGCUGAAGAAGAAGAAGAGCGACAAGGAGGACAAGCGGCCGCGCACCGCCUUCACGGCCGAGCAGCUGCAGCGGCUCAAGGCGGAGUUCCAGGCGAGUCGCUACAUCACGGAGCAGCGGCGGCAGUCGCUCGCGCAGGAGCUCAACCUCAACGAGUCGCAGAUCAAAAUCUGGUUCCAGAACAAAAGAGCCAAGAUCAAGAAGGCGAGCGGCUACAAGAACGGACUGGCGCUGCAGCUGAUGGCGCAGGGACUCUACAACCACUCCACCACCACCGUCCAGGAGGACAAGGAGGACAGCGAGUAGCAGCGUGCACGAGCAGCCUGAGGCUGGGGAUUAAUCCUCUUUCAAUAACAGCAACAAUAAACCUGUUCAUAAUUUUCUUCUUCUCCAUGAAUUUUAUUUAAAAAAAUAGCGAUCGGCGCAAUUACUAGGGGUCCAAGCACCAAAUAUACUGGAAACCUCCUAUUAUUAUUAUUAUUAUUAUUAUUAUUAUUAUUAUUAUUAUUAUUUGGAGAAGAAGAUUAUUAUCACUGAUCUCCUCCUCCUCCUCCUCCUCCUCAUAGCCUCAUCUCCUCAUCUCCUCAUUUCAUCACUCUUUUCACUGAUAUCUAAAAAAAGAGACGCUGAGGACUUUUUUUUUUUUCUUUUUCUUUUUUUUUUUUAAGGAGAUUCAUAUAAAACGCGGAGUUUCAUGGACGCUGACCCAAAGCGACCUUCUGACAUGAAGAAGAGGACAAGAAUUCCUUAUUUAAUUCUGUACAAAUAUAUGGACUCUACGAAGAUUUCUAUAAAUAUAAAUAUAAAUAUAUAUAUAUAAUAGCCAAAAUUGUAAGAUGUAUAUAUUUAAAAUUCAGGUAAGGCUGAGACGUGUGUGUUUCUCCUUACUUGCUGGCAAUUUGUUCUUUUUUUUUUUUUUUUUUUUUUUUUUUUAAUCGUUUCUCUUCCUGUGUCAUACUUUUUAGAUCUUUUUUUUUUUUGUGAUUGCACUGUCCUACAUCAGUUUUUUUUUCUAAAAAAAAGAGAAAACCUCGCACAAAUUCUACACAACGACGUAAACUGAACCGAUGCUUCAAACCAAAGAUUUUCACCUGUUUAGGCAUUAUGUUGUCUGAAAUAAUAAAAAAAAAAAGAAAAAAAAUUUUUUAGAAUCAAAGUGUGAUCAAAUUUGGUGAACAAAACACGUGUUUUAUUUCAUGCAAAAUAUUUCUUUGUUUUUUUAUAGAUAAAAUGAAAGUAAGAUCAAAGUCUCAUAUAGUGGCUUUUUUAAAACAAACAAAAAAAAAAUCUCAAACCACAUUAAUUUUUUUUUCUUUCUUCAGUGUGGUGAAGGUCAUCAUUUAAAUUUGACAUUAAUAUUAAUUGUAAGUUUUAGAUAGACUUCAAAUGAAAUAUCUAUCUAUCUAUCUAUCUAUCUAUUUAAUUGAAAAAAAUUUCUAAAACACAUACCUGACCCGCCUGACCUUUCACCCUGCCAUCAUUGUAUCUAUCGACCAAUCAUAGAUGGCGAUGAAAACACUGACAUUUAACAAUCAUUGGUGUCAUUUCAUGUAUCAGAGAUUUAUUGCUUUCUAAUUUUUUUUUCCUGCAAAAAAUCCACUUAGAUGCUCCAGUGUGUCUCCCGACAAUUGAUAAAUCCAUUUAAAUUAAUUCACUCUAAAAUGAUUUCCCUUUUAUUUCUCAUCUUUUCUUCCCUCCUUUGUUGUCCAGUCCACUCAGAUUCAUCACUGAUGUGUGUGUGUGAGUGUGUGUGUGUUUUUUAAAGGUAGAAAUUUGACCGCAGGCUAUUUACGGAUUUUGUUUUCUUUUAUAAUAUAUAAAUAUAGUGUUUUAUAUAUAUAUAUAUAGCGCGCAAUCACAGCGAGACACAGAAUAGGAAACCCUAAAGGUCAAAGUUCAAGGUGUGCCCUCAAAAUAGACUCCCAUGGGCCUUCAGUUUCUAAAAAAAAAAAAUUUCAUCACAACCUCGAGGGAUUGCAGAGAAAAUCUGCUGAAAGUCAAAGAGCUUUAAAAGCGUGUACAUGAGAUUAUCCCAAUCACCCUGUUGAACAAAAGAGCUGUAACCAUGAGGGAAAAAAGUGUAGCUGUCAUUCAUACUUACACUAUACAGUUAUAACGCGUCGUAACAUGAGCAGAUUCGGUUCAUUCACUUUUAGAAUAAAAAAGCAAACAUAAAUAAGCGCUAAUUAAUUCAAUGCGCAAUUAAGAAUCAAGAAUUAUCCGGCUUUUAGUUCAGUUUAAAUGGAGUGUUAGGCUAAUAGUAUUGAUGUGUUACACACACACACACACACAC